CCAGGGUUGAUUCCGUCCCCGCCAAACAGAAAUAAUACGAUAAAAUGAAGGUGUCCGAGAAAGAGUCGCAGACAAUCCGUAAAUUUGUGCGCCGUCAGCUCCGCGAUGAGCCAGACCUCAGUACACUGACCAUAGGAAUUUUGAAACGCCGGUAUUUGGAAUAUGUGGGACACGAAUCAUUAAGUUCAGAGGCCAAACAUUUCAUGAAACGGGUGGUUGAGGAGGAGCUGGUCAAAAUGCAGGACAAUGACUGUAAUGGAAGUGAUUCAGAGGUCAAGGUACCUCAAAAUAAAAGGAAAAGAGAAGAGGAAAGUGAUGGUGUAGUGACUGAGAGUGAAGAUGAAUCCAGAGCAAAAAAAUCCCGCCGAGUGUCAAAUUCAUCAUCAGAAUCAGAGGAUGAAAAGGAAAACAAAACUGCAAGUGAAUCCUCAGAGGAUGAAGAGCAAAUUAAAGCUGGAUCUGGGGGGGCAAAGAAAAAGGCGGAAACCACCAAGAAAAAGACAAACAAAGCUACUGAGCGACAAAUUAGCAGUGACGAUUCUUCAGAUGAGGAAACAAAAGAGGCACAAAUGGAUGAUGGACUGAAAGAGAACAGCGCCAGUCCGAAGGAACCAACUAGGAAGAAAGACAAUACUGUAAAUAAUGGAAAGCGCAAGAGCAGCAAAACAAGUGAAGAUGAAUCUGACUCAGACAGCAAGUCAGAAAGGAGUGCUAAGAGAGACAGCAAUGAGUCUUCAGAUGAUGAUGAUGAUGAUGACGAUAAUAAUGAAAAGGAAGAACGUGUCACAGUGGAAAAGAGAGAUGAAGACUCAGAUUCUUCAUCACUCCCAUCUAUAGAAGAUGAUGAAGAAGCUGACAAACCAAAGAAAGAGGUGAAGAAGAAGAAGAAGAAGGAGAAGAAGACGAAAGCAGUGACAAAACAGGAAAAAACAAAAAGUGAAAGGGAUGGAACAAAAGCAGUAGCGAGGCUCAAGCACUACAUCACUCUAUGCGGAGUGAGACGUAAUUACAAGAAGCUCUUUGAAAACUGUCACUCUGUUCACUCCCAAGUGGCUGUUUUAAAGAAAGAGCUUGAAGAUCUUGGUGUUGAGGGUCACCCAUCCAUUCAAAAAUGCAAGAAAAUCAGAAUGAAGAGAGAGAGAGCUCAAGAAAUAGCUGAGCUUGAUGUUAACAACAUAAUAUUUUCACAAGGUCGACCUAAACGGAGGGGUGUCCUGAAUGAACAACAGAAGUCUCCAUCCUCUACAUACCAGCGUACUUUGAGCUCCGGUUCUGAUAGUGAUCAGGAAAACAAAACACACAAAACGCAAAGAAGAACCACAGACUGGAGCAGCCUUCAGGGAAUCAUCAGCGACGAUGCUGACAGUGACUGAUACAAGUUCUAUUUAAUGUUCAGAAUGUUUUUAGUCCAAGUACAGCUCUGGCAUGUAGAGAUGCAUGUUAUAUGAUGAAUAUGAAUCCAGUCUAUUUCUAAUAAUAAAAGUUUCUGAAGCAAAAGUGACGUUUAUGUAACUGAUGUCUAAUAUCUCAUGUUAUUUGUUACAAAUAAAAUAAUUUUUUUAUUAUUA